AUGAUGGAUGUGCCAAGUUUCCAGAUGUUUGAGAGUUUUGAUUUUGAGAAUAAUCAACAUUUUCAGACAGGCUGGAAAGCUAUUGAGAAACUGAUAGAUCCACAGAAGAAGGACUCGGAGUAUCUCAGAGCUAAGGCAUUUUACUUUUCAAGAAAUGUGAAGAGUUUUGACUGUAGCCAGUAUCUCUUGUGGCGACACAAGAAGCAGUUAGAGCAGGUGAAGCCAGACACACCAGAGAAGGAUGACACAGAGCAACAAGAGCAUGAGGAGAAAGAAUUAAGCUUGGCCGAGGUAGCAGAGCUUAUACAAAACAAUCAUCCAAUCCCUGGCAUAGUUUCUGUAGAUGUGGAACCUAGCAAUGCCGAACCCACCCCCUCAAAGUUGACGAGAAAACUGAAACCAUGGGAGACAACUGAGAGUGAAUGUGGUAUGUGA